GGCAAUAAAAGCUUCUUCAACGCGGUGUGUUUUUUGAUUUCUUAGGAUCCAGGAAAAGGAGGAAAUUAAUUAAUUAGAGAAGCCAAAGGAAAGAAGAAGAACAAUAUAACAGCGCCCAGCCAUGCCCUUAGAAGGGGUUUUCAUUGAACCCUCUACUUCUAGUCACCAUUCAAACCCAGAUCUCUCUCUCCACAUUAGCUCUCCCAACGCCGCCGCCUCCUCCUCCCCGCCGCCGCCCUCCUCCACCGGGUUCGACCUCUCGGCGUCCCACCGGCCAUCACCCGCGUCGUCGUACCUGGAGCUCUCCUUGGCCGCGACGACGACCGCGGGUGAUAGCAGCAGCCGUUUCUUGAGAACCGGCGGCGGCGGCACGGGGAGGGAAUAUCAUCAACUCCACCAACAAAGCAGCUGCCUUCUUCCCCACCAGAGUUAUCCUUAUUACCACCAAAACCAUGGCGGCUUUCUAAAGAGUAUUAGUAGUAGUAGUACGAAUGGGAGCUGCGGCGGAGGCGGCGGCGGGGGUAUGAGCAACAUAAAUCAUGGGGUUUCGCUGUUGGACGUAUCCGACGGUCUGAGGCCCAUCAAGGGCAUCCCGGUGUACCAUCAGAACCGUCCGUUUCCGUUCCUGCCGGCGGUGGGGGAGACCAAUAAGGAUCCGGCGACGGCGGCCAAGAUGUGCGGCUUCUACCCAAUGCCGCCGCCGCCGCCGCCUUCCUCCGCUCCUCCCCCCUCCUCCCCGUAUUUCAAUGGCUUGGAUCAUCUGUCCUCCCCAUCCCCGUCCGGUUACCGGAGAUUCAACGGCUUCUCCUCCUCCCCUGCUUACCCCCCGAUCAGCCCGCAGCAGUACGGAAUAGGGGGAGGGGGAGCUCCACCCCACCACCACCACCACCACGACGGCCCCUCCCCGGCGGCGGCGGCACACGGGAUAAUGAUGAGAUCGAGAUUCCUCCCGAAGCUCCCGGCGAAACGGAGCAUGCGGGCCCCGAGAAUGAGGUGGACCAGCACCCUCCACGCCCGCUUCGUCCACGCCGUCGAGCUCCUCGGUGGCCAUGAAAGGGCAACUCCAAAAUCAGUACUAGAGCUCAUGGAUGUGAAAGAUCUCACACUUGCUCAUGUCAAGAGCCAUCUACAGAUGUAUCGAACUGUUAAAACCACUGACAAACCUGCGGUUUCCUCAGGGCAAUCCGAUGGGUCCGGCGAUGACGACUUGACCGUGCUCGGCAGCACCGGCGGCAGUGGCGGCGGCGGUUUUCGUCUCACCGACCAAAGAGGUCCUCCGGAUGGGUCUUUGCAACAAGAGCCGGAUUUCACCUCCACCGCGGCAGCUAGCCUGUGGAGUAACUCUUCAAGCAGCAGAGAAGGAUGGUUGCAGACAAGCAAUUCCCAUGAGGGGAGUGGCCUUAUCAGAUCAUCUUCUUCCUCAUUUCAUCACCAGCAAAGAUGUGGUCAUCCCAUUGAAGACUGUGAAAAGAAUCCCAUCCUGGAGUUCACAUUAGGCAGACCAGAUUGGGUACAAAAGGAGCGUGACUAGAAUUGAAUUCAAUCAACUAAUUUCAUAUAU